GGGAGGGGGCCGUUUGGGGGCGGAGCUUGAGCCGCCUUGGGGCCUCGCGCCCUCAGUCGCUCCGCGGAGGCGUUUGUUGCCGUUGGUUGUCCUCCCCUCCUUCCUCGCCCCAGGGCCGGAGGGGCGGACGGACGGAGCCUGCUUCCCUCGGCCGCUGCAUUCCCUUCUCCCCGCUCGGGAAGAUGCCGCUCUUCACGACGAACCCCUUCGACCAGGACGUGGAAAAAGCAACCAGUGAAAUGAAUACGGCUGAAGAUUGGGGGCUUAUCUUAGAUAUUUGUGAUAAAGUUGGACAGUCACGAACAGGACCUAAAGAUUGUCUUCGUUCUAUUAUGAAAAGAGUGAACCACAAGGAUCCUCAUGUUGCUAUGCAAGCAUUGACGCUUCUUGGAGCAUGUGUCUCAAAUUGUGGUAAAAUAUUUCAUUUAGAAGUGUGUUCAAGAGAUUUCGCUAGUGAAGUAAGCAACGUCCUAAAUAAGGGUCAUCCAAAAGUCUGUGAAAAAUUAAAAGCGCUCAUGGUGGAAUGGACCGAUGAAUUCAAGAAUGACCCCCAACUUAGUUUGAUAUCUGCUAUGAUAAAAAAUCUUAAGGAGCAAGGUGUUAUGUUUCCUGUUAUUGGUUCACAGGCUGCAGAGCAAGCAAAAGCAAGUCCAGCUCUUGUAGCCAAAGAUCCUGGAAUAGUAGCAAACAAAAAAGAGGAGGAGGAUCUAGCUAAAGCCAUUGAAUUAUCAUUGAAAGAACAAAGACAUCAACAAACACCUCUUUCCGGUCUUUAUCCAAGCACUUCAACUCUCUCAACAAAUCACAAACACGAGGGUCGAAAAGUUCGAGCUAUUUAUGAUUUUGAAGCUGCUGAAGAUAAUGAAUUGACAUUUAAAGCUGGAGAGCUUAUUACUGUACUUGAUGACAGUGAUCCAAACUGGUGGAAAGGUGAAACUCAUCAAGGGACAGGAUUAUUUCCUUCUAAUUUUGUAACUGCUGAUCUUACUGCUGAACCAGAAAUGAUGAAAACUGAGAAGAAAACAGUGCAGUUUAGUGAUGAAGUUCAAGUUGAAACGAUUGAGCCAGAACCUGAACCAGUAUAUAUUGAUGAAGAUAAAAUGGACCAACUAUUGCAGAUGUUGCAAAGUGCAGAUCCAAGUGAUGAUCAGCCAGAUCUCCCAGAGUUGGUCCAUCUUGAAGCGAUGUGCCAUCAAAUGGGACCUCUCAUUGAUGAAAAACUGGAAGACAUUGACAGGAAACAUUCAGAGCUUUCAGAACUCAAUGUCAAAGUGAUGGAGGCACUCUCAUUAUACACCAAACUGAUGAAUGAAGAUCCAAUGUAUUCAAUGUAUUCAAAACUACAAAACCAACAGUACUACAUGACUCAGUCGGGUGUUUCUGGCUCUCAGGUAUAUUCGGGGCAACCUCAGAGUAAUGCCUAUAUGGUGGCAGCAGGUGCCCAGAUGGGCCAUGUACAAGGCUACAGUCUUCCACCAGAACAGCUUCCGUCUCUCAAUCAAGGCACCAUUCCUGCUGCAGCAAGCCCUGGGUUACCUAGCCAGCCUGUUCAGACCUCUUACACUAAUGCAAUGGUUGGUUCUGUUCCAGGAAGUACCUAUGCUAACCAAGGUCCUGUCUACAGCCCGCCGCCAUCUGCUGCUGCUGACAUUGCUGCUUACCCGAAUUCUGGAACUAUGUCCCAGGUGCCAAACUAUAACUUAGUCGCCUCAACCUUGCCCCAACCGCCCGGCACACAACCACCUCAGCAACAGCCUCCUCCAUCACAACAAAAUGCUUACUCCCAGAAGACACUACUAUAGGAUAUAGGACUUCUGAUUCCUAAUCUGCUCUAACCUCUGCUGAAGGCAGUUUACAAUGUUAUCAGUUUCCUCCUUAAUAUCUUAAACUUGGGUUAUCUUCAGCUUAAUAGGAAUCUUUCUGGGUGAAAACAAGUAUGACGAUUCUAUUUGCACUGACUUUUUAGGAUUUUUUUUAAAGUUUGCAAAGGAGUUAAAAUACCUAGGACAUUUAAUUCCUUUUAAAAUGCCUAAACAUUGGUACAAGGUUAUUUAUGUCUGCUGAAACUGGCUAGUUUGUGAAGAGUCAACUUGGCAAACUGUCGUGGCAUAUAUAUGUUAUGUACAUAUAGUGUGUUUGUGUUAGUGGCUGUUUUUGAAUUACAAUGGUGAUCAUGUGAAUAUAUAACAGUGUUAAAGUAAUUUGCAUUACUGUUUUAUUAAUCAUGGAUGGAUGGGCAAUGCUCAUGGAUUUUAUAAGAAUGUCUGUUCAAAGUGUAGGAGAAAAUUCUAACCCGCAUAUCUCAGAUACUUACAGGCUGUUGAUAUGUUCCUGAAACCGAACUGUCCACUUUUCAUUAACUGUACAUUGAAUGCAAAAGUGUCUUGCCUUCCUGUAGCCUACGGUGCUACUAGAUGACAUUCUCUACCAAAGUAAGAGGUCUUGAUCUUCCGGCACUCUGCGUUCAGAAAACAUACUGCUUUAAUGAAUAAUGGUUUCAGAAUAAUAACUUGCAAGCUGCUAAACAUAUGGGACCACAAAACACAUCUGAAUGGUUUUAUCUUUAUUGUUUAAAUAAUAUAACCUACAUUUCCAUGCUGGUUUUAUGUCACCUGAAUGCUGAAGUAUAUUCUGUGUACAUUGGUGGACAUUGCACCAAAGACAGAGGGAUGGAUACGUUGGAUAUGAGUGAAUGGCAUUUUUAAACUGGAACAACAACAUAAAAAACACUACAUUUAUUAAAGUCUUGUUAAGGACUA